AUGUCUUGGAAAAAUGAUUUGAAAAAUAAGUUUGUACCAACAAAAACAAAUAGAAGGAUGAAACAAAUCUUUAAUGAAGUGGGAGCAUUGAUAUUAGGAAUCAUCAACAAAAGAAUAAAGAUGAUUGAAGAUGGAGAAAUAGAUGAUGACUUAUUGAGUAUACUAUUGACAUCCAAUUUACAAGAAAUCCAACAACAUGGACAUAAAAAAUUUGGUAUGAGCACUGAUGAGGUGAUUGAAGAGUGUAAAUUAUUUUAUCUUGCUGGGCAAGAGACUACUUCAGCUUUACUUGUGUGGACAAUGAUUUUAUUGUGCAAAUAUCCUAUUUGGCAAGAAAGGGCUAGACAAGAGGUUCUACAAGUGUUUGAAAGUGAUGAAUUUGACUAUGACAAGUUGAAUCACCUAAAAGUGGUUACUAUGAUCUUAAAUGAGGUUUUAAGGUUGUAUCCAUCAGGAUAUUUUAUUAAUAGAGUGGUGACCAAAGACACAAAGCUAGGAAAGUUGUGUUUACCCUCUGGGGUGCAACUUUUGUUGGGAACAAUUUUGUUGCAUCAUGAUACUGAAUUAUGGGGAGAUUAUGCAAUGGAGUUCAAUCCUGAGAGAUUUAGUGAUGGAGUAGCCAAAGCAACAAAAGGACAACUUGUGUUUUUUCCUUUUAGUUGGGGUCCAAGAAUAUGUAUUGGCCAAAACUUUGCUAUGUUAGAGGCAAAAAUUGCAAUAGCCAUGAUUCUCAAACACUAUUCUUUUGGACUCUCUCCAUCUUAUGCUCAUGCUCCUCAUCCACUAUUGCUUCAACCUCAAUAUGGUGCUCAUUUGAUUUUGUACAAGUUGGAGAAAUGAUCAUUUGGAACUUAUUAUUAGAUUUAUAUCAUUGUAAUCAUCAACUAUAUAUGUGUGAACAUGUUUUUUCUUGUAAUAGAUCAUACACUUCAGUCAA